AUGGUAUCGAUCAGUGGGCGGCCUCUUUCAGGAACCUCGCCUUACUUUUCGCAUAGCGCUGGCGGGAGUAGCGGGGGCACCUUUCGGAUGUUUGGGCGACGGCGGACGACUAAAUUUCGAUUCCGGGCUCUGGUGAUCUUGUACUUCGCCAUGGGCUGCAUUAUCCCGUACUAUGUGAUGAGACAUGCCCAGGAAGAGGGUAUGUACCAGAAGGGAUUGUUGUCACGCAACGAGGAGGAGCAACAACGCCAGCAGGAUUUUUCUGUUAGACAAGGCCAGGUGGCAGGAGAUGGAAAAUCGACCGCUUCCGAUGCAAGUAAUCCAAAGGACUACAGACGGAAAGCGUUCUUUCAGAACGUGGAUGAAGUUGAAGCCUCGUUUUCGGUCCCCACACAUCCGGCAUUCCAAGAGAGACAGCAGAACCCAGUACUCUAUUCUAUUCAUACAUUGCUUCACGACCGACGCCAAAGCCAGGAUGACGAUCAGGAUCAGGAUGCUUCUUCAUCGCCGAUAUCACAACAACUGCAGCUUCUGCGCGAAAUGCAACAAUCUCAACAAAAAGAAAUCCUGGUAAACCUCAGCAGCAAACUCGCUAUGCAACGCAAGUUAGCAAAACUUACCGACAUCAAAACCGUUCAGAUGUAUGCGACCUUGAUGCAGACCGCUAUCAAGACAGCACGCGAUUUUGUUCUCACAAAGAUGCCGGAGGAGUACCAGUUUUUUGAGGAAAGAAUCCCUGGUACAAAGUUGGACACGGUAGGAAAGACGAGACGGUUCCGCCAACUAAUGGACCAAGCCUUAAAUCAGGGUCGAUGGGUCUACGAACCCUAUAGGGACUACCCCGAGUUUGGAGGCGCGACGGGGUGGAACAAGAAGAAGAAGAACGAGCGAGAUCGAGAUGUCGCGAUCAAUCGACCACCCUUCCCAGAGGCGGGCAAGUAUCAUUGGAAACCCAUAGUCAACUCAGUCUCAACAUCUGCAGGCGCAACCGGCAGAGGAUGGCACGCGAACAGAAUCCAUCCUGAUGACUUUUGCAGGACCCUGGGUCCCAGGCAUAUUGUACUCGUUGGCGACCUAAUUCACUGGCAACUGCACGAUUCGAUUAUGUACAACAUGUUUGACACUCCACAGGUCUGCUACGGUGACCUGACCUGCCAUUUCGGCGCUGGACACCCGCUCUGCCCACUGCCAAACAAUGUUCAUCUCAAGUUUGUUAGGAACGACUUGUUGUCUCCCAUAAGGCCGCACAAGAGCCGGCUUAAUGAGACGAAGAUCCAGGAUCCGGUGGAAAUGGCCUGGUUGCGAGAUAUGAAGCUCAAGGACACGGUCAUUUUGGGCGCUAUUCAUCAAACUAUGCCAGACAAGCAGUUCAUGCAAUACCUGACAGACACAGUGAAGAAGAUACGCAUGGCAAGGCCGGAGGCAUUGGUCAUCUAUCGGAACAACCCAGUUGGACACCCCGAUUGCCCUUCCAAGGUCAAUAAAUUCAAUAGCGACAAGGCUAAGCGGCACCAGGUGGAAAUCGAUGGAAAUGCACAGGCUCAGGAACAGCAGCUUGCAAAUAAUUCUUCUGAUCAGCGCGCUUUCCAGGCUCGUGACAAAACGCCGCUCGUACACAAUAGGUCGACUUUUUCGGCCCCAGCACAGCCAUUUGAUCAAGAUAUCCCUAUCGCCGAAAUGUUGGACUAUCCUCUGAACUGGGCGCACUAUGACCGACAGAAUCAGAUGGCCAAGGAGAUUGUUGAGGCGACUGGUGGGAUAUACUGGAACGUCGCGACCAUGACAAAUAUGCGGCCAGAUGGGCAUGUUGGCGGACACGAUUGCUUGAGUUACAAGAGGCCUGGACCGACGGACGAGUGGGCUGUGUCGCUUUAUAAUUUGUUUAGAACCAUAGAGCUGGUUGAGAGAGAGCCUGGUAAAUAA